AUGGAGACUACGGGCACGUUGGAAGAGCAACUAACUGCCACUCAAGCAAAGUCGGCUGAGGUACGGGCGCGUAAAGCUGAUUUACGCCAGAUUGAAGAACUCGGGGCUAAGUUAGAGGAGAGGCUUAUUCUUGACAAUCGCUAUACAGAGCAUAGCACGCGACCGGGUUUCUCCCAUGCCCCAUGCUCUCUUCUCUAUCAGCGGUCCGCUCUGUGGAAUCGCAUGUGGGAAGUCUGCUCUUCUAUACAGCCUAAAGUUUCUCACCGUAACGGUCUUAUAGUCAACUGA